AUGCAUCGCAACCGCAACCGGCGGAAAGGGCCGCCGGAGGGCCGCUCAGUGCAGAACGUACUGAGCACUGAUGGAAUUCCACCAGGCACGUUUGCCGUGAUCGACCCCCUCAGUAAGCGCCUGUUUAUCCCUUUAGAGUCCAUGCUCGACACACGCGCGAUGCACCGCAAGGGCGUGCCUUCGCUCUGCCGGGUAUUCCUGGAGGGUCGGUGUCGGCAGGGCACGAACUGCUUCCAAGCGCACGCCAAUAUAGAUCUAGUGCUCGAAUUGCGGGCCAAAGCGCUCGCGGUGCCGACGUGUUGUGCCCUUCACGGCUCCCCGAGCGACAUGUCAGGCAUCGACCCCACCCUGCGGCUGGUCGUGCGGAAUGACGACGGCGAGACGGUAGGGUUGGCGCGACUGCGACAGGCCCUGGUGACCAACGGACUGCGCACUUUCAUUGCCGCUCAGGUGAGCGCCGCUGGCAUGCCGGCACCGGUUGAUGUAGUUGUGUCAACAGCGGCGCUCUGCCGGUCUCACAGCGGUGCUGAUGGGUCGCCCUGUUGCCGCUUCGAGGGAGAAUGCAAUUUUGUGCACCUGUGCCGCCACGUUGUGGCCCAAAUUAAUCAGCGAAGGGAAGCGGUCAAGGCGGAGGAACACCUCGCUGCGCCGGUGUUGGCUGUAGGAAAGCACCCCGAAACCUGUCAAGACGAGUUCAUGACGGUCCCAGACAUGGCAUCCAAUCGCCCCACCUCCUCGCCGCUGCAGCUGCGCUCGCAGCCGGCGUCAACAGUGAUGGUGCCAAUGAGCGUGAGCGCCAACCUUGGCGUCACCCCAUCAAUCCGCUUCGACCCCCUUGCGCUCGCGGCGACAGCGCCGAGCGCGAUGCCAGACAGCGGCGCUCUGUUGAUGGGCCGAUCCCCGUUGAUGUCAAGAUCCUUCAGCUCCACUCCCUCAGGACUGGUGUGGCGCCACAACCCGUAUAACUCCUCUCACGCCUCCUCUGUCAUAGAGACCUGA